UCCCCCACCACCCCACUGACAGGAGCGGACGGCGCGGGAGCACCGGGCUCUGCCCCACGCACCGUCUACGGUGAGAGGUCCCCGUGCCGGAUCACCGCCGCGGUUGUUCCCCGUGGUGCUCCCAGCUCUCUGCUGGAGGCCUUUGCUCCCCCUGCUCUCCUUGUGACAGGUUAGGGGGUCCCCUGGGACGCGGGAUGGGGACGCUUCAGGCACAGCCUUGGGUUGGGUCUGUGCACACCUGCUUGACCAGGGAGUGGGGAGGCAUCUUGGCGGGUUGUGGGGCGGCUGUGUCUGGAGAGUGGCUGUCUUGCAGGGCACCGCAGCAAAGGCCAUGGGGGACUGGAGCCUGCUGGGCCGGCUGCUGGAGAAUGCCCAGGAGCACUCCACAGUGGUGGGGAAGGUCUGGCUCACCGUCCUCUUCGUCUUCCGCAUCCUGGUGCUGGGGGCAGCCGCGGAGCGGGUCUGGGGUGACGAGCUGUCUGGCUUCUCCUGCGACACGCAGCAGCCCGGCUGCCAAAGUGCCUGCUACGACAGCACCUUCCCCAUCUCCCACCUCCGCUUCUGGGUCCUGCAGAUCAUCUUUGUCUCCACCCCCAGCCUUGUGUAUCUGGGUCACAUCCUGCACCUGGUGCAUCUGGAGGAGAAGGCACAGCAGCAAAAGGCAGCACGGGCCAGCAGCGGGGCCAGGCGGCAGCGCCCCAGGCAGCCCCAGCUCCCUGCAGGGAACACAAGGGCACGGGUGUGCAUGCAGGGGGCCAUCCUGAGGACGUACAUCUGCAACAUCGUCUUCAAGGCUCUCCUGGAAGUGGGCUUCAUUGUGGGCCAGUACACCUUGUAUGGGUUCCAGCUGAAGCCCCUCUACACCUGCAGCCGCUGGCCCUGCCCCAACACGGUCAACUGCUACAUCUCCCGGCCCACUGAGAAGACCAUCUUCAUCCUCUUCAUGCUGGGGGUGGCCUGCGUGUCCCUGCUGCUCAACCUGGUGGAGAUCUACCACCUGGGUCUCACCAAGUGCCGUCGGGGGCCAGGCCCCAAGUCCCGCAUCCUAACCGCUCCUGGUGGGCCUGGAGGGCCUGGCAGCACCUAUGUCACUCUGCCCAGGGCUGGAAGCCCCCUGGCUGCUGGCAGACCCCCCCAUGGCCUGGCACCGCUGAAGAAGGCAGGUGCAUGGCUAGGGGUGGUUGGUGGGUCCCACAGGGACAUGCGAACGGCAGACCUGUCAGUGUAAACUGCUGGGAUGGUCAGGGAUGGGCAGUGCGUGGGUGGUCACGGUGCUGAUUGUGUCUCCAGUCUCUGCCAGGCCCAAGGCAUGGACCCCAUGGCCAGCAUGAGAGCUGGGAACAGCCCUGGGGACACUGCUCAGCUGCUCCUGGCACCCUGGGGAGCAGCAGGGCUGCGAGUAGAGCUCGGAAGGGGGAGAAAAUAAACACUUACCGCACCUCA